AUGCUUAAAGCUAACAUCAGUGACGUCACUGUUACUGGGAACAAUAUAGGUCCAUGGAAACUGGGUGAAACUCUGGGUUUCGGAAGUACGGGGAAGGUGCAAUUGGCAACUAAUGAACAGACAAACCAACAGGCGGCAAUUAAAAUCAUCUCGAAAUCCGUGUUCGACCACUUGGUUAAUAGUAAUAAUAAUAACAAUUCGGCUCUAGCGGCCUCCGAUGUUAAUAACGGUUCUGUUCAACACAACCAAGAGGCUUUGCCAUAUGGGAUAGAAAGAGAAAUCAUCAUUAUGAAACUGUUGAACCAUACAAAUGUGUUGAGACUAUACGACGUUUGGGAAACUAACAACAACUUGUAUAUGGUACUAGAGUAUGCGGAGAAGGGGGAGUUAUUCAAUUUACUGGUUGAGAAGGGUCCAUUGGCAGAAAAUGAGGCUGUUAGAUUCUUCAGACAGAUUAUAAUAGGUAUGUCCUAUUGUCAUGCGUUGGGGAUUGUGCAUCGUGAUUUAAAACCGGAAAAUAUCCUAUUAGAUCACAAAUCCAAUAUCAAGAUCGCAGAUUUCGGUAUGGCAGCAUUGGAAACAGAGGAUAAACUGUUAGAGACCUCUUGUGGUUCCCCUCAUUAUGCCGCGCCAGAAAUCGUCUCAGGUUUACCUUACAAUGGUCUAGAGACUGAUAUUUGGUCUUGUGGUGUGAUUUUGUUUGCUUUAUUGACAGGAAGAUUGCCUUUCGACGAAGAAGAUGGUAAUAUUAGAAAUCUGUUAUUGAAGGUUCAAAAAGGUGAAUUUGAGAUGCCAGGCUCUGAUGAACUUUCUUUAGAGGCACAAGAUCUAAUUGGAAAAAUAUUAACUGUAAAUCCAAAACAAAGAAUUAAAACAAGGGAAAUAUUGAAACACCCAUUGCUGCAGAAAUAUCCGAAUAUCAAAGAUUCGAAAACUAUCAGAGAUCUACCAAGAGAAGAUACUUAUUUGAAUCCAUUGGCAGAUAAUAAUGGUGUCGAUACUGAAAUAGAUGAAUCAAUUUUGCAAAACUUAACUGUCUUAUGGCAUGGUAAAGAUAAAAAUGAAAUUAUUAAGAAAUUGAAAGAACCUGGUGCAAAUGCAGAAAAAACAUUAUAUGUAUUGUUGCAUCGUUUUAAGGAAGAUACUGAAAGGGAAAAUCAUAAAAAUUCUCAAUUGAGGAAAAGACAAUCUCUAAUGAAAGCUUCUUCAUCAUCAUCUUCAAAUCAAGGUAAUGUUCCACGUAGAAGAAAGAAUAGAAACUCUAUGAUUAGUGUUACCUCCUCUCAUAAAAAGCCUGUUUCGUAUAAUAAAAUAGCAAUGGUUGGUGGUUCAUCGAAAGAUGUCAUAUCGCUACCCUCAAGUAGUAAUACUACUCCUGCAUCUUCCAAAAGAAUUUCUUUAAGUCUUUCAUCUUCUAAUAAAAGAAAUUCAAGACUCUAUACUCAAAGUAAUAGUAGUUCUCCUACUCCAGCUCCAAGGAGUAGAAGAUCGUCAAAUCAAAAUUUAAUUAAUAAAGAAAGUGAAGCUCCACCAAUUCCUGUCGAUGUGUUAAAGGAUUAUAAUAAAAUUAGUAAUCAAAACAAGAGAGGUUCGAGACUAAGUAAAAGAUAUUCUUUUUUGCUAAAUAAUAAAAGAGGUUCCGUCACUACAAAAAUUAUGUCAACGUAUGCAAAAUUAGCUGAAGAUGAUGAUUGGGAAUUCAUUGAAAAAGAAACUAAGCGAGUUAGUUCUGAUUUUGCUACACUAAUUGAUGAAAUUUUUGAACAUGAAAAAUUCGAGAAAAUUAGAAAAGAGAAAGAAGAAUUAGAACGUAAAGUAAUUGAAGCUAAACAAAAAGAGGAAAGAGAAAGGAAAGAAGCAGAAGCCGCAGCAAAAGAAGAAGCUCGCGUAAGAAGAGAGAAAGAGCUAGCAAGAAUGAAUAAGGAAGAAGAACAACUUCAGAAUGAUAUUGAUGAAGAAGCUAGAUUAUUGAAAGAUGAAUUUAAUUUUGUAAAUGAUGAAACACAAGAGAAUCCAAUUAAUAGCAGAUCAGUAUCAGAGCCGGUAAAAAAUGGAGGUACUGAUGAAAAAGGUCAACGUAAUUUUUCGCUCCAAACCAGACCGAUUUCUAGGUUGGAUCCUGGCCUAAUGUUCUCGAAGUUAGGAGAUGUGGAUAAUAAUUCAUCUGUUGAUGAAAAUUUAACAAUGAAUAAUCAAAAAACUAUCUUAGAAACAAUUAGAAGAUCUAAAUUUUUGGGUUCAUCUUUUGAUAUUAAUAAAGAGCUAAAUAAUGCUAAUGAAGAAAGAAAGAGACUAAGACAAUUACAACUGCAGAAACAAAAAGAACUAGAGGAAAAGGAAAGAAUAGCUUCUACUAGUUAUGUUUCAAACGAAAAUCAAGUUCUAUCUAAAAAUGCAAUUGGAGUUGUUGAUCUAAAAGAUUUUAGUUCAGAUGUCGAACCAAGAAAAAUUUCAGAAGUUCAAGUUCCUCAAUUUACUAGGAAGUCCAAGUAUUUUAGUGAAUCUAAUAAGAGAUUGUCUGUUUUAUCCUUUUACUCAAGUAAACAGUCAUACACUAAUUUAGUUGAUAUGAUCAAGGAAAAUCCGGUUGAAGAUGAAGAUGUCACAGAAGAUCCAGGUUUCAAUUUUGAGGAUUCUCAAUAUGACUACUUGGAAGAGAAGAACGAAGCUCCAUUAGAGGUAAGUGAUGAGGUACCAAAAGAAGUUGAUGAUAAAGUGCAAGAAGAGGAGAAGAAUAGUGUUAGUAUGAAGUUAAAUUUUGCUGAUAGAUUCAGUAACGUUAAUAGUAAUACUAAGCAAGAGUCGUCUUUUGAAGACAAAUUUCCUAAUAUUUUAUCUAAAAGUGGAACAGAAGGUUUGGGAUUAUACAGCAAAAAUGAAAAAACUGAACCAAAACCUGUCAAAUCAAUGAUCCCAGAGGAGGACAAAGUCAACUCUUCGCCUGUUGUUGAGGCUCCUUUGAAUAAGGUUGUCAAUAAGACAAGAGCUGAGAACAAGAGUACUUCUAAGGGUCCAUCAGGAUCACAAAAAGUUAGCAAUACUUCCUCGUUCUUAAGAAAAAUAUCUGGUAAGUCGUCAAAUUCUACUGUUGCGAAAGGAGCAUUUGAAGUUAAUUUGUACUCGAGUGUUACAGAAACGCAGUUAUUUAAUGGUUUACAAAAUUUAUUAAAGGGUUGGACUAACUACGGUUUGAAGGAUGUUAAAGUCGACAAGCAGAAGAAGAUGAUAGUUGGUAAGUUAUCAAAUGAUAAUAUUUUAUCUUUGAGAUCUACUAUCGUUGAGUUAUGUGUGUUUACGGAAUCAAAGUUUAGUGUUAUCGGCAUUAGAAAGAAGUCAGGGUCUAGCAAGACCAUGAGAAGACUUGCUUCGGAGAUUGAGAAGGUAUUAAGCAAAGAGGGAGUACUACAGAAAUGA